CGUUCGUCUCCAGAGCUGUCUGGACCUCUCGCGCGGCGGCCUGAGUCGACAAGACGCGACUCGAGAUACCUGACGCAAUAGUCUCUUCCCACUUGACAGAUUCAGCUCACAGAUGUCGACAAUGUCGGGAGACAAGCGCCCUGCUCAAGAGGGCUUUGGCUCUACCACUCAGUUGGUCAAGCGCCAGAAGCCCGAGACGACCAACACUUCCAGCGCGGUCGUGACCAGCUCAAGUCAGAAUGGGACUCUUGUGCAGGCAGUUCCUCGAACAAGUGGGCUCGACGCUCCGAUUAUGGAGCUGACAGGACACUCUGGGGAGGUCUUUGCCGUCCGGUUUGAUCCUACAGCGCAACAUAUAGCAUCUGGUUCCAUGGAUAGGUCCAUCAUGUUGUGGAAUACCUAUGGAAAAUGCGAGAAUUACGGAAUCCUAAGCGGCCACAAGGGAGCUGUCCUCGACCUACAUUGGUCCCGCGACUCGCGGGUGAUAUUCUCAGCAUCCGCAGACAUGACACUAGCCAGCUGGGAUUUGGGGUCCGGACAGCGGAUUCGUCGUCAUGUUGGACAUGAGGAAAUCAUCAAUUGUCUGGAUAUCAGCAAGAGAGGGCAAGAACUGCUGGUCAGCGGGAGUGACGACAGUCAUAUCGGAAUCUGGGACCCGCGACAAAAGGACGCCGUCGACUUCCUGGGCACGGAUUUCCCCAUCACGGCGGUUGCCUUGUCAGAAGCAGGAAAUGAGAUAUAUAGCGGAAGCAUCGAUAACGACAUCAAGGUGUGGGAUAUUCGGAAGCAGGCGGUGGUCUACACGAUGAUCGGGCACACAGACACUAUCACCUCCCUGCAGGUGUCUCCGGACUCCCAGACUCUGCUCUCCAACUCCCAUGACUCGACGGUUCGCACGUGGGACAUCAGACCUUUUGCGCCCACUGAUCGCCACGUUAAGACGUAUGAUGGCGCGCCUGCAGGUAUCGAGAAAAACCUCAUCCGAGCCAGCUGGGACCCCAAGGGCGACAAAAUUGCAGCAGGAAGCGGAGACAGAAGUGUCGUCGUCUGGGAUGUCAAGUCUGGGAAACUCUUGUAUAAGCUGCCCGGACAUAAGGGCACGGUUAACGAUGUCCGGUUUUCACCGAACGAUGAGCCUAUUAUUGUUUCUUGUUCGUCCGAUCGAAAUCUUCUUCUAGGAGAACUAGGAAAGUGAGACGCCAAGUUCAUGGA